AAUGCGAUUGUUUCAACCAAAACUAAUGGAAAAAGACAAGCAGAUCUUUUGCCCCCAAUCACUGUCAAAUCUUCAAGCUACAACUCAGUAACCCAGAAAUCCUGAUCUGCUAGCAAACGAUGGCUGAUCCAACUACUCUUCUGCCUCGACCCAGUAGAGAAGAAGAUCCAGAAACUCCAAGAACCAAUCUUCACCACUCCUUAGACCAAGUUAUUGAGCAGAGUGAAGCCAGUUUUGGUUGGAACCAAUUCUUGCAAUCCAUCCUUGUUUCCUUAGCAUCACUCUUUGAUGGAACACAAACCUUCAUCAGUGUCUACACAGAUGCAACACCCACCUGGCACUGCACCAGUGACACCUCAACCUGCAACACAAGCUCAGACAUCUGUGAUCUGUCUACUUCUGACUGGAGUUGGGAUUCAAUUUCCUCCAAGACAAUCAUAUCAGAUUGGAACCUCCAGUGCUCUAGCUCAUUCAUCACUGGGCUUCCAGCCUCGUCUUACUUCAUGGGUGGUGUUAUAGGUGGGUUUCUUCUCGGCACUCUAGCGGAUUCCUCACUCGGUCGCAAGAGACUGCUAGUGAUCUCAUGCAUUACAAUGUCUGUUGCUGCGUUUGCAACAAUCUUCUCUACAAAUGUUUGGAUUUACUCUGCAUUGAGGUUUGUAAGUGGCAUUGGCCGUUCUUGUAUUAGUACAUGUGUACUGGUUUUGUUAAUGGAGAGAGUUGGAAGAAAAUGGAGGCCUAGAGUUGGAAUCAUGCAGUUCUUCUUUUUCACUCUUGGAUUUUUGUCACUACCAGCUAUUGCAUAUAUAAACAGAGCUAAUUCAUGGAGAGCUUUAUAUUUAUGUACUUCAAUUCCUGCAAUGCUUUACUGUUUAUUGCUGCAUUUCUUUGUUAAGGACUCUCCAAGAUGGCUCUUCAUGAAUGGCCGCGGAGAAGAAGCUGUAGCAAUACUUAAGAAAUCUGCUGCGUCGAAGCCAAUAAUUGGUGAACUGGACUCAAUGUUGUGUGCAGAAGACUUACGCUGUAAGGCAGUGGAAUCUACAAAAUCCAGUGAUCCAUAUAAGUCAAUGAAGGAUUUGUUUGCCAGGAAAUGGGCUAUGAAGAGAACACUAGUAGUUAUGGUGCUUGGUUUCGGCAUUGGAAUGGUUUACUAUGGUAUGCCACUAGGGGUUGGAAAUUUAGGCUUCAAUAUCUAUUUGAGUGUUAUGUUCAAUGCUUUGUUAGAGAUACCUUCAUAUCCACUCACAUUGAUCAUACUAGAAAAAUGGAGCAGGAAAUUCUCAGUGCUUUGGUUUUGCUUGGGGAGUGGGAUUUGUGGUGUGGUAUGUGCUGUGGUCGGUGACAAGCAAAAAGUGAUUAGAAUUGCUCUGGAGUUGGCUUCUUUCUUUUGCUCAAGAACAGCUUGGAAUCUGAUAUCGAUGUUCACAGUGGAGUUGUUCCCAACUUGUGUGAGGAACUCUGCUACAUCUUUGUUGAGGCAGUCGUAUAUUUUGAGUGCUGUGUUUAGUUCAAUGUUGGUUUCAGUUGGGAGCAGCAAUGGGUUUCUUUCAUAUGGAGUUUUUGGAGUGGCUAUAUUUGUGUCUGGUUUUUUUGUGGCUUUUUUACCAGACUCAAGAGGUGGAACACUUUGUGAUACCAUGGAUGAACAAGAAAGAAAAGAGAAUAUGAUUUUGGGAUGAGCGAUUUGGAUUUUUUUUUUUUGCAAUUUGGGAAUUUGUUUAUCAGGAAGAUGUGUC